AGAUUAUCCCGUUGAAAAUUGUUAGAAAAACUGCGUUUGUUUUGUGUAUUUAAGUUUAAAUUAGACGAUCUAUAAUGUCAUAUCAACUGUACAGAAAUACUACGAUUGGAAACACAUUACAAGAAAGCCUUGACGAACUGAUCCAGUACGGGCAGAUAACACCGGCUUUAGCAGUGAAAGUUCUAUUGCAAUUUGACAAAUCUAUAAAUACAGCUUUAUCCAACAAGAUGAAAUCUAGAUUAACCUUUAAAGCCGGAAAAUUAAAUACUUACAGGUUUUGUGACAAUGUGUGGACCUUUAUGUUGACUGAUGUGGAGUUCCGAGAAGUGCAAGAAGUUGCUAAAGUAGACAAAAUCAAAAUUGUAGCUUGUGAUGGUAAAAAUGUUGAGGAAAGGAGAUAAUAUUUGUGGUUCUGGUGUAGUGUCUUAUUCCAAUAAUUAUCUCAUAAUAUUUUUGCA